AUUAUUUCCUUCAUUACACGACCCUCGUCAAGUUCACAGAAAGAAGUGCUAGCCUGAGUUCCCUAUCACCGACCGAAGAUUUUGAAGUAUGCUAUAAAAGAGGAGGAAGGAAUCAUAUCUCUCUCAGCCCCUAGCUUUUCCAAAAUCAACGUUCGUGUGCAGUAACUGUUACUGUUUGGGCUAUGAACGCUUUUCCAAAUGGCACCCGGGUCUUCAAUUGGACUGGAAGUGAAAUCAAGUAUGGUACUCGUGUCUUCUACUGGGCAUCCAGCGGUGAAAUCAAGUACGGUACUGUGCAGGCGAUCAACCGCAUGGCUGAUGGUACCCAGAUUGUGGUGAUAAAGGUGGAUGGGGAAGGCCACGCACGGUUACCUGUGUCCAGCAUCGUACAGGUCAAUCAAUAAGAUUC